AUGUCCGUCAACGCCCCUACAGUACUCGUCACAGGCGCAAAUGGUUACCUUUCGUGCCAUGUGAUCAACGAGCUUUUGAGAAAAGGCUACCACGUGCGCGGCACAGUCAGAUCCAAAGCGGCUGAAUGUGUAGUUCGCGACACUUUUCCAGAGGCUUUUGGUUCAAAGCUCAAAAUCAUCUACGUGCGCGACUUGACCAAUCCUAAAGAGUUCAAAGAGUCAUUGACUGAGGAUAUCAUUGGCGUCGUUCAUGCGGCAAGUCCAGCGCCGAGUCAGGUUGAGGAUAAUGUCCGCGACAUGCUAGACCCUGCGGUGAAAGGCGCUACUAGUAUCCUCGAGGCCUGCAAGCUGUAUGCCGGGCCUUCCCUCAAGCGUGUGGUCCAUAUAUCGUCAUUUGCAGCUUGCCUUGAUCUCUCCAAAGGCUUUCGCCCUGGAUACACUUAUAGCGAAUCGGACUGGAAUCCCACAACCUUUGAGCAGGCCACGACUAUCAAGGAUCCAGUGGCUCUGUACAUCGCUUCUAAAGCAUUAUCGGAACGUGCUGUCUGGUCUUGGAUGAAGGAACAAAGACCUCGUUUUGAUCUCGCAUCCCUUGCCCCUGUGACCGUCUUUGGCCCCCAUCAUGAGCAAGUUAGCUCGAUGGAUGCCAUCAAGUCGACAGCGAGACUGCUAUGGCAGCUCGUGGAUGCAGAGAAAAUCCCCGAGCCGGACUUUCCUGGCUAUGUUGACGUACGGGACACUGCUGCGAUGGUCGUUGCUGCACUUGAAACUCCUGAAGCUGGCGGUAACCGAUUUGUAUUGUCGCAGCAAUUCGAUUGGCAAACAGCGGCGGAUGAUGCAAGAAAUGGACUCGGGGACGCCAGGGAUAGAAUACCAGAGGGUAAUCCUGGCACUGGAAAGGACGAAGGCCUGCUUACGAUGUAUCAAAUCAACGGGAGUAAGGCAGUUGAUCUCCUCAAGGUCGACUACCGGCCGUUAUCGGUUACUGUUACAGAUACCCUCAGUCAAUUUCUCGCAAUUGAGAAAAGAUUCACAGAGUAG